UUUUUAAACGCUCUGAGCAAAAAUUAUGAGCGCCCUAAUUCUCAUUCUUCUGUCUCUGGAAUUCCAUUUCAAUGGCCUCCAUCACAAGAAUAGUCGGUCACAAUAAUUCCGUAUCUCCCUUUCUUCUCACUUUCCGCAGAGCUAUUGCUUUCAAGCUUUUCGUUGGAGGACUCUCCUUUCACACUACAGAUAAAUCAUUGUCAGAUGCAUUCUCAAAUUAUGGACAAGUUGUUGAAGCUAAAGUUAUAACGGAUAGGGUGUCAGCGAAAUCUAAAGGGUAUGGUUUUGUUACUUUUGCUUCACAAGAUGAAGCUGAGUGUGCCAUAACAGAGAUGAAUGAAAAGGCAUUAAACGGACGUGUUAUCUUCGUUGAUUAUGCAAAACCAAAUACUAAACGCAGUAUGGGAAUGCCAAUUGCCAGAGGACCUCCAGAAGAUCUGAACAAACAACAGUCAGUAGAUUCUGCCGGAGCACCUCCUGAAGAUCUGAACAAACAACAGACAGUAGAUUCUCCUAAAGACGCAUGAGAUACAUUACGAGGUUUUGACGUACUUAAGUAAGCGAUGUGUUAAAAAUAGGAUUAAACUUCUGUAAGGUGAGCAAUUUGCUACUUUAGAAUGUAAAGUAAAUAAUCUCAACUGAUAGAUAAUGUUAUAUGCACGAGCCUAGCAAAAACUAUGAAUGUGCUGGAAUAUCAAUUGUUGGUUGAGAUUGCUCAAUUUACCCUUUAAUGUGAAUUGCUUGCUUUAAAUGAGUCAAAUCAAUAAAAAUAGUAGCAAAUUUUUCUUUCAUCAGUUCUUACUUACAUUUGCAUAUGGAGGAAUGAGUUUUAUGAGGUUAUAUAGAUCCUUUCAUUUAUUAGAACAUUGCUCAGUGCUAAGUGAAAGAUUUAUGUAAUUCGGGUUACGCUCUUCUAAACGAGCUUGUAUAUAAAGUGAGAAAAUAUGUGUGUGUGUGUGUGUGUGUGUGUGUUCACCUCUAGAUUCAUGUAUAGUAUGUUAAGAUUAUUAUAUAAACUUUGAUUUUUUUUUAAAUGACCAAUGUUAGUAA